AAAGAGGGGCGUGGUUGUGGUCCACGUGGAGUAUUCACUGCACUGUGUAUACUGAUCUUCAUCUCUUCUCCAUUAUUAACUACUGGUGUCCAUGGACUACAAGGACAUUGGCCAUAUCACUAGAGGCGUGUUUGACCCUGGUCGGGUUCGUAUUCAAGAGGAGGGGAUAUUCUUCAAAUCGUCACGUACAGGGAAGACAUUCCAGGUGAGAGAGAGUGACUUCUCUACACUCGAGUGGAUGCGAGCAGCUAGAGGCUAUGAGGUCAAGAUUGUGAGCAGAGACGGGGCCGUUACAAAAUUCGCAGGGUUCAAAGAGUCGGACUAUGGUGACCUGAAGGAGUACCUCAAGAGCCAGUACCAUAAGGAUCUCCCUCAAGUGGAGCUAUGUGCCCGUGGUUGGAACUGGGGGGAGGCCUCGUUCAGGGGGUCACUAAUGUCCUUCCUUGUUGACAACAAACCAGCCUUCGAGGUACCCCUCAACGAAGUAUCACAGGUGACUAUGGGUAAGAAUGAGGUAGUCAUGGAGUUCCAUCAGAGUGAUGAGGCGGCCGUGUCCCUCGUUGAGAUGAGGUUCCACAUCCCCAUGACAACAGCGGGUGGAGAGGAGGGUGGGGAGGAGACAGAGGAAGACCCGGUCAAGACCUUCCAUGACAAGGUUCUGGCCAAGGCUGACGUUAUGCAAGCCACUGGAGACGCCAUUGUAACCUUCGAGGAGAUUCCUAGUCUCACUCCGAGAGGUCGUUAUUCUAUCAAGGCGUUCCCAACGUUCCUACAGCUCCACGGUAAAACGUUUGACUACAAACUUCCCUUCUCGUCCAUCACACGUCUCUUCCUCCUCCCUCACAAUGAUCAGAGACAGAUGUUCUUUGUGAUUGGACUGGACCCUCCCAUUAGACAGGGGCAGACUCGCUAUUACUUUGUCAUUUUCUUACUCCCGAUUGACGAGGACUGUGAUGUCUCCCUCACACUAACAGAGGAGGAGCUUCAGGACAAGUACGAUGGUAAACUCUCAAAGCAACUGUCUGGGACCUUCUAUGAAGUGUUUAGUCGAGUGCUGAGGAAUCUGGUGGGCAAGAAGAUCACUGUACCAGGAACAUUCAAGAGUGUCAACAACCAGUGUGCCAUCUCUUGUUCCUGUCGAGCCACCUCCGGAUAUCUCUACCCUCUAGAUAAAGGAUUCAUCUUUGUACACAAGCCACCAGUCUUUAUCAAGUUUGAUGCUAUUGCCUCGGUCAACUUUGCAAGGAUGACGGGAGGAGCGGGUAUCAGUCGAUCUUUUGACUUUGAGGUGGAGCUAAAAGACGGACAAUCUCACCAUUUCAGCAGUGUCAUGAAAGAGGACUACAAUCGAUUGUUUGAAUUUGUCUCUGAGAAAAAUCUCCGUGUUAAGAACAAAAGCAAGCCACAGGUUAGCAAGGCCAAGUAUGAUGACGGCUCCUCUAGUGAGGGCGGCCAUGAUGCGUACCUGGAGAGAAUGAAAGCCGAGGGAGAGGAGAGGGACUCUGAGGAUGAGGAUUCUGAUUUUGUGGCCGCUGAAAGUAGCGACGAAGCGCUCGAGUUCGACUCUGAUGCUAAACUGACUGAUGAGGAGUCUGAUGGAGGGGUCGAAGUUCAGGAGGAGGAAACAAAACCAAAGAAAAGAAAGAAGGAAACGUCCAAAGCAGCUACUCCAGCAAAGCGAUCAAAAAGAGAGCCUAAGGGCGGCAAAGCCAAGAAAGAUGUAAACGCUCCGAAGAGGCCGAGUACUGCGUUCUUCAUUUGGUUGGGUGAGAACAGAGCCGCUAUUAAAGAGAGGAAUCCAGGGUUUGCCGUGACUGAAGUCAGCAAAAAAGCCGGAGAACUGUGGAAGAAAUUGACAGACAAAAGUGAGUGGGAAAGGAAGGCAGCCAAAGACAAGAAGAGGUAUGAGGUCGCGCUGGCAGAGUACAAGAGUUCAGGAGCAGCUGCAAGGUUUGCUGCCACCACCGCCGGGACAUCAUCUACACCAGCCAAAAGGUCUACCAAGAGUAAGCCAUCCAGCAGCCGUAGCCCCACUAAGAAUAGUGCGUCCAGUCAAAUGAUGUCCGACAGUAGGAAGUACAAGAGUGCAGAGUUCGUGGUGGACUCAGAUGACUCUAUUAAGGGGGAGGAGUCAGAGGAGGAGACACCCCCUCCUGCUAAGAAAGGCACCCGUAGUUCGAUGUCAAAGGCCAAUGCUGGUGGUGGUAGUGGUGGUCUAGUGAGUAUGCCCAGUGAUGAUGAGGCAGACAGUGAAGGAGAAGCGGAGCUUACCUCAGGAGAAGAGGCGGAGUCAGAGUCAGACUGAACGAUAACUAUCUCAUACUUUACUCAAACGAUUCUAUAAUCACCUAUCUCUUGAAAAUGUUUUGUUCUAAUAAAAUUAUUAUCCACACUGGUUGGUAUUUGGA